AUGACGGGCGCGCUCGACUUCGACUGCCUGGCGUUCUUCAAGGAGGACCGGAGGGCGGGCGGGCGCCGCGACCGCGACCCACCCUCGCGCUCUCGGAGUGCGCGGCGGGCACUGCCGCGGGUCGCGCAGUUGACCAGGGGGACCCCAGGCAGCCCCAUGCAGCCCCUGUAUCGAGGCAGUGGCACGCGGAGUGUCUACAUCGCCUCGAGCAGUGGCGACGGCGGAGACGACGAUCGCCUUCCCCUCGGCCACCUGGAUCCCGAAUUCAAUCACAGCGAAGGGCAGAUGUUCACGAACUCUUUGUCGGCGUCGGACAGGCGCCUGGCCCACUUGGAGGCAGUGCCACAGGAGGUGCAGCACGAGAGCGCGGUUGUCAAGAUAGACGCGGCCAACCGCCUGCAUUUGAUAGCCUCCGCGCUCGGGCCGCAGAAGACGAUCGAAGAGCUCAUCCCAUACGUGGCCCAGGCCCUGGGAGCGGGGGCCAUGGCGGAGGCCUUCUUCGCCGGGCUGCCCCCCUCGCGGCUGACGGCGUCGGAGCUCGAGCUCCGGGACCUCCUGCUCCAGGCCCGGGGCGCCCUGCUCCAGGCCGCGGCGGUGGCGGAGAGGCUGCUGCCCGGAGCGGGCGCCGUGCCGCUGCAGGCGUGGGUGGACCGCCGCAUGCCCGGGCACGCGCUCCGGGCCACGGCCGGGGGCGGCCGGGUCACGCUGGCGGCCGGCGGGGCCCCUGCAGAGCGCAGAGGCCUAUAUGGAGGGGGCCCUGCCGCGGGCGGCCAGGGCACCGAAGCCCUGAGGCCCGCAGAGCCGCAGCUUCUGGCCAGGCCGGUGCCGAAGGCCCUGCCCAGAGCCCGGGGGGGCAGCGGCAGCGCAACCGCGGCCGAGGCGUUCUUCGGCCAGCUGCCUCGGGACUCUUUCACGCAGGCGGAGGAAGGCCUUCGAUCCGCUCUGAGGGGGCUCCUGGCGCGGCGGGGGCCGCUGCCGGUGCCGCACGCGGCGGCCGAUCCCCGCGUGGCACUCGCGGCGGAGGCAGCCCUGAUGCGAGCUGUUGUCCUGGAGCACUGGGUGGAGCGGCGCAUCGGCGGCGAGGUGCAGGUCAUCCUGGACGAGGGAGGCGGUCGCGUUUUCCAGCUCCUGGAUGAGCCCGGCCUCGGCGAAGGGUCGGAGGAGGAGGAGGAGGGCGACGACGACGCGACCGCGCGUGAUGAGAACAUCGUCGACGAUGUCGGCGACCACGGCCACGCGUAUUUGGGGGGCUCAGAGAUGCAUGCAAGCGCGCGCCCUCCAGAGGUGGUGCCCGUGAGAGAGCAGCCCCCAGUGGCGUUGCAUGUCAGCCUGACCCCUGCAGACCGGUGUGAGGACUACGCGUAUGUGUUCAUGACGGAAGGUGACGACGAACCAACACUGCAGGGCCCCCUGGAGGAGAGAGCCAGGAAGAAGACGCGCCGAGGCAAUUCACACUAUUCUGCAGAGGCCACUGAACGACGUGAGAGGAGGCGCGCUGAGGUGGAGCACGAGCGCAGGACCCGCACGUGCGGCUGCCCUCCGUGGCAGGAUCACCAGCCCGGUUGCCACGUGACGGCCAGAGCGCUAUCACCGCGCUCGUGCUCAGCAUGUUUACCUGCACCAGGGCGAGCCAACACCGAGCCCAGGGUGGAGGUGAGGUCGGAGCAGCCGGCUGCCGACCCUGCCGAACCUGCCAAGCGCAAGCGUCAGCACCGUGGCACCAACAGACGAGGAGCCUCGGCCGCAGCCCGUCGAGCAGCUCGUCGUGAACAGGUCGAGCACGAACGCAGGACCAGAUCAUGUGGUUGCCCCCCACAUCUGCCCCACCAGCCCGACUGCCCCGAGGGCCUUCAUGAGCCAUGA